GCUUAAUCAGCUUGCAGAUGAUCUCUGGAUGAAGCCAAGCUGAAAGGAAUUUCAAUGCACUCCUCCUGAUAGGCGUAGGCCUAAAAGGGCUGGCCUAGCUAAGCUUCAGCUUACAGUGCCAGUGUAGAUUUUUGCAGUCCGUCUGAAGUUUGUGUGCUUGUGUCCCCUGCAAAAUAUGCUUGGGAAAAAGUCUAACCGGUCCUCGAAUUUUACCAUAUAUGAGAAGAUCGAUUUGUUAAAACUUGUGCGCCCUUACAUUAAAGUCCUGGAGGUUCAUAAGAAUAACCAGGCUGUCAUAGUGGAAAAAAACCGCUGCUGGGAAAGUAUAGCUCAGCAAUACAAUGCUGUUGGAGUAGAUCGUCCAUCUCGUAGCGCACAGGCUUUGCGAACACUAUAUAAACGGAUUAAAGAAAGUGCCAAACAGGAGAUAGCAAGGAGAGAACAGCUGCAUCCAGACUAUAAAGGCAACAUCUCCGAGCCAACCCGGAGAAUUCUUGAAAUGAUUCCACACAUAUUCCAACCGCUUCUGAAGGUGCUGGAUGGUGACAACUUGCAAAGGCUUGGUGGAAGUCCUGCUUCCGAUCAAGGUUCUUGUGUGGAACAACCUUCCGGCUUGUAUCCGCAGCCUGGAACCUCUGGUUACCCAUCCCAUCCUUGUUCAGAAUGGAUUACACCGGACUCAGAACCCGAACACGAGGAAAAGCCUCCUCCAAUAUUAACUAUGCCAUCGGAACCAAAUGAAAGCAUUGAGCAGGCAAAAAGGAAGGAGAUCCGGGAGGCCACCAAUGACUCCGCCUCCCCGUUUUCGUCCUGCGAGGCCCAGUUAUCCCUGACGCCAUCUCCUCGACCGGCGAGAAGGGAAGACGUCUUGUUCGUCCACCAGCCACGACACCAGGGGUCCUCGCACCACCUGACCAGGCACAACGACGGAGAGAUCCAGUUGAUGUCCGCAGAGGAACACGAGAUAAUUAUGGAGAAUCAAAGAAAGUUUGGACUGUACCUUGACGAGAAAAGAGAAAGCCUGAAGAGAAAGCAAUUAUUGGAGGAAGAAUUGUUGAGGGCAAAAAUCAGGGUGGAAGAAUUAAAGGCGGCAAGGCUGCAACAAGGACUGCCAGUUCCCCAAGAUGCAUAAUGGUUGUGAAUAUGCCCUUUCAUCAGGCAGCUGACAAGUGGUGGAUUUUCAAUGGUUCUUUUUAUUAGAACGUGUACCGAGGUACAGAGAUUUUUUUUUUUUUUCCCCCAUACAGAUCAUUAAGAUUAUUGCCGUACAUCAGUACAAUCCCCGAUUAAGUACCGAAUGCAUAAAAAUGGCCUACAGAGCUCAAAUGCAAGAGUCGCUAGGGUUUUGGGCGCCAUUUUCAAAGUCCCGACUGCAACGGGCCUUUUUGUCGCCGCCGUCCUGAUCGUCCAGCGAACCGUCGUCCCCCUCCUUGCCCGGCCUUCAGCCUUCGUGCCCCAAUCCCAAGGAUUAAUCCCAAGGAUCAUUUCUAAUGUUGCAUUCUAUCAAAGAUCUCUUGAGUUUCAAUGACUGACUUUUUGAGCAAAUUUUACCUGAAUUGUAAUGCAGCCUAUUUUUAAAUUAAAUCCAUGA